CUCGGCCUCUGUUCCGAAAGGGAUUUCGAUUUGUACCCCCGUUUCCUGGACAAAACCCAGACGACCCGAAGGGCGAGAAUAAAUUCAACAUGCUCUCCGUCAUAAACAGGAUACUAGACUGGUUCCGGAGCCUGUUCUGGAAGGAGGAGAUGGAGCUGACCCUAGUCGGACUCCAGUGCUCGGGGAAGACCACCUUCGUCAACGUUAUCGCUUCUGGGCAGUUUACCCAGGACAUGAUCCCGACGGUCGGGUUUAACAUGCGCAAGAUCACGAAGGGUAAUGUCACGAUCAAAGUAUGGGACAUAGGAGGGCAACCGAGGUUCCGCUCCAUGUGGGAACGCUACUGCAGAGGCGUCAAUGCGAUUGUUUAUAUGGUCGACGCCGCCGACCCAGACAAGCUGGAGGCGUCGCGCAACGAGCUGCACAACCUGCUCGACAAGCCGCAGCUCAUGGGCAUACCCGUACUCGUACUUGGAAACAAACGGGACCUGCCGAACUCGCUAGAUGAAAAGGAACUGAUCGACAGAAUGAAUUUGUGCGCGAUCCAAGACAGGGAGAUAUGCUGCUACUCGAUUUCCUGCAAGUCGAAGGACAACAUCGACAUAACGCUGCAGUGGCUGAUCAACCACAGUAAAUCCGGCGGGGCGCACUAACGUACCGCAAGCGGCUGCCAGCCGUCUGAAGAACAGCAACAACCGCCGGCCAGGCUAGGGCCGGCAAGCCGUAUGGAAGAUAUAAGACACAGUAAUCUUAUUUUUUCAGUUUUAACCAUGACUAUUUAAAAAAAUGGUCAGCAAUUAUCAUUCUCCCCCAAUUUUCCUUUGUUUAUAUUUUAAUUUUUUUUAAAUUAACAUUUAAAUAGGUUCGAUUACAAUUUGUAUCCUGCAUUUUAAACGCCUACAAUGCAUUUUAAACAGAUUUGUGUAUUAUUAAUAAUCAUUAAAAAAUAAUGGUCGACGAGUGGCAUUUUAAUUGUUUAAGAAAGUGAGUCAUUGUUCAUAUUCUUAGGCUUAUAGUGUAUUUUUUUUUUUAAAUUUAUUAGGUUAAAAAAAUUUGUAUAUUUUUUUGUAGAUACAAAUUGUGAUGAUUUUAUAUUGCAAUACAUUAUUAUAUUGUAAAUGCAAAAGAUAUGAUUAUUUUGUUUUG